CGACGACGGCGACAGUGUGACUGCGGUAGAUCUUGGCACGCGGAGUGGCGCGAGUGGCGGCCGUGGUACAGCUUGAAGGAGAUCUCCCAGGAAGGCCGACAGGAUGGUUGGACGGCUGCCUAACGGCAGACCGGCAGGCACAUCCGGCGGAUCUAUCAAUCGCCAACGCAGUGCGGGGUCGGUGGCGAAGCAGCCGUACGACCCGACGUUGUAUGCGCACCUGCCUUCUCACGAGAUUCCUCUGCCGCCGUCGGAUGACGAUGGGGGGGAAGCCAGGUCGCCGACUUUGCCGUUGGGAAGCGGUUCUACGCAGGACUGGGCGGCGACUCAAUCGUGCGGCGGCAGGGGGGUGGAGACGCAGUGGUCUUACACGUCACUUCUAAACGAGGGGCUGUGCGAUGACGACGGCGAUGCAACGGUCGAUCUGAGCUUUCAGCUGUCGAGCAGCAGCGGAGCAGCCGCGACGCACACUCGGAUCAUCAAUUCCCACCCGGGUGGGGAUUGCGAGGAAAACACGCAAGGCGCUGUCUGCGGCCCACGAGACGGCGGUCUGCCUCAAUCGGUUCGCGACGGUGGAGGUGAUCGUAAUAACUCGUCGCUGAGCGUCGGUGGAGGAUUCGGUGCGCGUAAACGACCGGACCGGAUGCGCUUGUCGCCUGCGGCGCGAAGCGGACCGGACGCUACUCGAGGGCGGCAGCCGGCGGAGGAUUUGAUUGGGGGAGGUCCGGACGUGCAACGCGACGGCAGGCAGGUCUGGGUAGAAUGCAGGCAGGAGUUGCAUCGAGGUGAAACGGAGACGAUAACCAGAGGGGUGCAAGGACUGCACGUCGACGAAGUGGAAGACGUGGCUGUUGAUGAGGGGCAGGGGUGUGACGACGUGGACGGCGAGGACGGUUGCAAGUCCGACGAUUUACCAGACAUCAGGCCGCUUGGGAGGAGGGCGACGAGAGGCGGAUCCGGUGCUAAGAAGGGCCCCGCCACGAAACCGAGACGGACGAAGAACAUGGAUGACGAUGGCGAGGGCGGCCGGAAUUUCUGGUCGGUAGGAGACACGGUCGCGCUCGUGAGGGCGAAAAGGGAUCAAGAUCUGUAUAUUGCUGGCCUGGGGAUUAGUUUCGCCCGCAUGAAAACGGCCGCGUGGAAGUGGGAGGACGUGCGGGUGAGGUUGCAGGCGAUGGGAGUGACGAGGGAUGCCGUCGACUGUGGGAAGAAAUGGGAUAACUUGAUGCAACAAUUCAAGAAGGUGCACAAGUUUCAAAACCUCUCCGGCGGGAAGGACUACUUUAGGCUUGCUUCGAGGGACAGGCGAUCGGAGGGCUUCAGCUUCGUCAUGGACCGGAGCAUGUGCGACGAAAUGGAGGCCAUGACGAAGGGGGAUCACACGAUCCACCCGACAAAUUUGGCGGACACUGGGGCGGCGGGGGGGGUUCAAAUGCCCGCAGGCGCGGGGGGGAGUGGGGGCACCAUGGGCGGCGAUGGUGGAGGGGAGACGGCAGACGAGGAGCAGGGGUCGACGAAAAACUCGUCAUUCAGCGCGGGAAGCGGCGGUGGUUAUGGGAAGAGGAAGAACAUGCGGCAACAAACCUUUAAAGCCGUCGCCGACGUCAUGGAGAAGCAUGGUGCACUCAUGGGGAGCAUAAUGGACAGCACUAGCAAGCGGCAAUGCUCUAUGAUGUCACGGCAGUGUGAAAUCCUGGAGAGCGAGGUGGAGCUGCAGAGGAAACACUAUGCAGCAGCGGAUGAGGCGAAUAGAAUGAUCAUAAAGUUGUCCUUGCGGCAUAUCCAGUACUGGAGGUCGGUGCACACGGUGACCAGCGACGAAAUCCGCGCGGGACGCCACUUGCCUUUUGUCCUCGACGCACCUCGCAGCCAUCGCAUGGUCGCCCCUGUCUUCGCGCUCCACGAGUGGGACUUCUGCACUGUCGUCGUCGAUCGCGCCCGACGAUCCUCUAGCAAGCACAAGGACGUCCACGCGGAGCAGACUGUUCUUAUCGUCGCGGACAACUCUACGUCGUUCGGAGGGGGUCGGCGGCAUGUCCCCAAGUUGAAGAGGCUCCGUUCAGAAGAGCCAUCACCAAAGGACCCUGUCCGGCGAGGGCGGUAUUGGGCGGCAUCGAACGAAGACGAAGAUGACGACGUGUUCACGACAGAGGAGGAAGCAGCAGAUGACACCGUGGCGGCACCCCGGGGCAGCAGUCUUCAAACGAAGAAUGAUCAAGCCGCACCAAGGAGAUUGCUCACACCCCCCCCGGAGAGGCAACAAGGUCGUGGGCAGAGCAACACAAAAGCUAAGGAGAUUGUCGUCGACGUCGGCGACGAGGACAAUAAGCCAUUGGAAAGCCUCAGGCAGCGAAAUGCAAUGCAAGGUGCCACCGCGACGGGAGUAAGGCUACGCGCUGCGCAUGAAGAAAGGCCACCUCAGGGCGCCAUGCCGUCCACGCCCUCACAACCGCGACUGUGCAACACGGCUGCAGAUGGAGGAUCUACCGAACGCGGGGGAGGUGCGGUGGCCCAGCAAGAAGCGCGCGUGGCGAGCGCUGGUGCAGGCGCGGGGUGCUCGGGCAAUGUCGCUGUCGUGGCGGGGGCGAGAGAGGAGGUUCCUGUUGUGGAUCGGGAGGUUGCGCGCGGUGAGAAUAAGGGCGAAAAAGAGGAUGACGACCCCCUUUUAAGCCGGGAGCGGAGGGGAGGGUUGGCGAGAGAUCUUGCCGACCGUGCCCGCUUGUGGGUCGACGACAAAGCGUUCUGGACAACGGGGAAGGGGCGCCGGCUCUACGACAUCGUCCACCGAAUGCGGGAGCACUUCGAGGCCGUCGCCAGCGGGGUGCAAGCGCCCGUCGUGUCCAGGAGCGUCGUCAUGCCGAAAUCCGCGACGACCCUCACGAGGAUUGUUGAUCCCGCUCAACUACAGCAAGCGAUCAUCCGCCGGGGGGCUGCAGAGAACAUAGUUCUGCGCCUCUUGCAUGGGUGGGUGUUCAAGUCAGGGAACCGCCCCCGCGGAUACAAUCUCGCUUUCCAGUACGCGUUGGAGUCGGUGGCGACGAACCUUGUGCGCGUUAUGUGGUACGGUGAGGAGUGGAGCAACGUGGUGAGCGUGCCCGUUUGCGCGCACACGAUCGACCUCAAUAUGGACAUGCCACUGUGGUUUGUGGGAAUGAACAUCGACGACAGGCCGGAGGACGACGACAUGGCUACGUACCAGGAGUCGACCGUCAUGUGAGUCGCGCAUGCAUUUCUCGUCGUCGUGCAAAUGGGUGGCAGCGUCGACGACGGGUUCAUAUCGCACGA